AUGCAUACCGGCGUGCGUCCUCUCGUGGUCGGUUCGGUGUUGUGCUUCUGUCCUGCGCUCUCGGCGCGCAUCACGUCAGCGAGCCUCGACGUAGCAGAUGAAAGUCAGCGCCAAGGAGUGUACGGCCAUGCCGCAGGUCUUGAGGAGGAGCACGAGCACACUGAGGUUGCAAGGUGGCCAGUGACCUCGAAAGAUAAGAUCAUUCUGGCAAAAAUCGUGAAGAUCCUCAACCCCCCUGGCGCAGACGUGCCUUGGGAGUGGAAGGACGAGCCACAGUCAUGGACGUUUGGACUGGCCAAGCCUACUGCCCAGGACGCAAAAGGUGCGUUGGCGCUUCACGUGCUGCACCGUCACGGCUUGGGGCCUCUCUUGGCUUCUCGCGCAGGGGAACCCGACCGGAGCCGAUAG